AUGUCACGCCACUAUCUGCUUACUACAUGUAGCUUGCUAGCAGUGCUUUCAGGCGUUGCUGCAGCACCAGGCUGUCCCACGAUCAAUAGCUCCUGCCGUUACCUCCCAAACGACCCCCAAUGGCCCAGUACCGAACAGUGGCAACAACUAAACGACUCGGUCGGUGGCCGUCUAAUUCGAGGCAUUUCACUGGCUAGUCCAUGCCACGGGGAAGAAUAUAACAACAUCACAUGCGGUACACUUCAGGAGAGAUGGGCAAGCCCGCCUACCUACUGCAGCCCGUUCAUGUCCAGAGACUCUCCAUGCAGUCUCGGAAACAUCGCUCCCUACGCGAUAAACGUCUCCUCCGCGCAGGAUGUAGUCGCCGGGCUAGCCUUCGCGCAGAGAAACAAUAUUCGUUUGUCCGUGAAGAACACAGGUCAUGACUUUCUUGGACGGUCUACCGGUGCAGGGUCCCUGGCACUGUGGAUGCAUAAUCUGAAUGGGAUGCAGGUGGUCAACCACACCGGUCCGGUCUAUUCAGGGCCAGCGCUCAGGCUGGGCGCAGGUGUCCAAGGCUUCGAGGUCUACGAGUUCGCAGCAAGGUACGGUCUUAGAGUUACCGGCCCUUUUAAUCCGACUGUCGGGGUGGUCGGUGGGUACGUCCAAGGGGGCGGGCACGGUGCGCUACAGGGUGCAUAUGGUCUGGCCGCCGAUAAUGUGCUGGAAUAUGAAGUCAUCACUACAGGUGGACGUCAUCUUGUCGUCUCGCCUUCCGAGUACGAGGACCUCUUUUGGGCGCUUAGCGGGGGUGGAGGGGGGACUUACGCGGUCGUUCUUUCGGCCACGAUAAAGGCAUAUCAAGAUGGAGUAGUCGCAGGGGCUUCGCUCUCAUUCUCUGCUGGCGGCAACGAGGCCGACACAGACGCCGACGCAGAGAUGGAGGCAUACUGGACAGCCAUCUCAGCCUGGCACACCCAACUCCUGGUCCACGACAAGACACCGAAAUUGACCACUCUAUUCAGCUUCACAAACACCUCUUUCAGCCUAGUUGCCGCUACGCUCCUGGAUAGUCCUGCAUCUGCUCUCUCUGCAGUAUUAGCACCCUUCGUCCAGACCCUGGAUGAUUUAGGGCUGAACUACACCUACGAAACAAACACCCAGUCAUCGUUCUACGACCACUUUGCACUCUACACGCCCGCCUUACCCUAUGGCAUCACGGUCACAAACUCGACCGUCGGUGGCCGACUGAUACCCCGUCAGACGGUCGCUGAGAAGCUCCCCGAAUUAGUCUCCGCACUGCGCAAUAUAACUUCUCACCCGAAUAUCCGUAUCAACGGGAUUGCGGCCAAUAUCACGCAUACCCGGGUCCGGAAUAUACGUGCCUCAAAUGCCGUGCUUCCUGCCUGGCGAGAUGCGCUCUACACUCUGAAUAUGGAUGCUUAUUUUGAGCCGGGGGCGUCGACAGACAUCAUUCUGCGUCGUCAGGCGCUGACGAACGCAAAUCAGGAUCUUCUCAAACAAGUUACAAGGGACGCAGGAGGUGGCGCAUAUACGAAUGAGGCAACCUUCGAUAACCCAGAUUGGAAAACGGACUAUUUUGGAACUAACUACGACACGCUUUUGCAGGUCAAGGAGAAGUAUGACCCGGGUCACGCGCUCUAUGGAGCUGCGACGGUGGGCAGUGACUAUUGGAGCAUGCAAGGGGAUGGGAGACUUUGUGUUGCUGCUGGUGUCUUUGGUACUCCUUGA